AAUAUUAAAAUGAUUAUGUAUGUUUAUCAUCACACCACAUCUUUUCAUGGUCUUCAGUUGAUAGGGAUUAGCAAUGGAAUUCGCAGUGCAUCUUCAUGCACAUGCCGAAUCAACACCAUGAUAAUGUUCUCCAAGGAUAUCAGGUCAAUGUGUGAGAUUUUCUACGUUCUUGUGAGCUGUCAAUCUAAGUCUCACUAGCCAAUGAGAGAAGCUGUUUUUUUUGAGCAGAUGUUUUGGUCUGGAGAUCCAGCAGGUGGGAAUGUAGAGUCAGGAGAAUAUGAUUGUGCUGUGAUUAUGCACUCUUUGGCAUUCCAUACACACUGGUGGGUGUGGUGGUGGUGGUGUGUGGUGUGUGGAGGGGUGGUUAAACUGUGAGCACACUCGUAGUCAGACGUUGUGAGUUUCCAAAACUCCAGCAGUGUAUGACUUGAAGCGCUCCUCCUCUAUCUCUAUCUUCUCCUCCACCUCCAUCUCCUUCCUUAUCUCCAUUUUCCCCACCUCUCCCUUUCACUAUAUCUUAAUCUUCUUCACCUCCACCUCCUCUAUUUCCAUCUGCCUCACCUCCACUUCCUCCUCCACUAGCUGUCUUCUCCUCCACCUCCAACUCCUCCUCCUCUUCCUCCUCUAUUAUCUCCACUCUUUCCUUCUCCUCAUCUAUUUGUAUUUUUUUUUACCUCCUCCUCUUCUUUUCUAUUUCCUUUUGCUUCACCUCCACCUCCCCCUCCUUCUCCUACUAUCUCUAUUUUCUUCACACCUCCUUCUUCUCUUCUUCUGUUUCAUCUUCUUUACCUCCAUCGCCUUCUCCUCCUCCUUCUCCAUCUUCUGAUCCUCCACCUUAAGGUGCAUCUUGUUUAGAACCAUGUCGGACAGAGUGCUCCUGAGCACCAUGCUUCUCCUCACCUUCAGCCUCACGUGUGCUCAACAGCCUGAAUACCAGCACUCAGCCGCUUUGGAUGUUCAAGGCAGAUACUUAUUCAGGUGGAGGUCUGAUGGAAGGAGUAUCGCCAUGGAGCUCGAGGUGCAGACAAGAGGGUACAUCGGCUUCGGCUUGUCUCCAACCGGCGGCAUGGCUUCAUCAGAUAUCAUCUUUGGAGGGAUUGCAGAUGGGAAACCUUAUCUCCAUGACUACUUUACAGACAGCAACAGAAAAGUCCAUAAAGAUGAGGUCCAGAACUACAAGCUGCUGUACGCAAGAGAAAACCACACUCACACCGUUCUGGCGUUCAGCAGGGAGCUUCAGACCUGUGACCCGAAUGACAGAGAAAUCACGGAAAGUACAACUCGAGUGAUCUGGGCAUUUCAUGAUGUAGAUGUCGGGCCAUCAGGGCCGGGGUACCAUGGAAUAAACAGAGGGAGGAAAAGUUUACGUCUUCUCAACCCUGUGACCAGCAAGAGCCUUCCUCAUGGAACAGCUAGCUUCAACCUGCAGAACACUAACGUCCCAGUGCCUCAUAAGGACACGACUUACUGGUGUCAGAUGUUCAGAAUUCCAGAUGUCAAGAAAAAGCAUCAUGUUGUCAAAAUUGAGCCACUGAUCCAGAAAGGCCAUGAGAAUCUGGUCCACCACAUCCUGCUGUAUCAGUGUGAUAGCACCCUGAACGAAAGCGAACUGGAAACAGGACACGAGUGCUUCCAUCCCAACAUGCCUGACUCCUUCAUGACAUGCCAAACUGUCAUUUUUGCAUGGGCCAUUGGUGGAGAGGGUUUAACUUAUCCUUCACAUGUCGGAAUGUCAAUAGGAACAGCAGCAGAUCCGGUCUAUGUGCUGUUGGAGGUUCAUUAUGACAACCCUGCUUUACAGAGAAGUAUAGUUGACAGUUCAGGCCUGCGACUGUUCUACACUCCGAGGUUGCGGAGUUACGAUGCAGGGGUGAUAGAAACAGGGGUAUGGGUAAGUCUUUACCACAUGCUGCCUCCUGGGAUGCAGGACUACGUCACAGAGGGUCACUGCAUGCAAGAGUGUCUUCAGGAGUCUUUGGACAAUGAGAUGCCCAGUGGUGUCCAGGUGUUCGCAGUCCUGCUCCAUGCUCACCUGGCCGGGAAAGCCAUCAGGACCAGACAUUUUCGUCAGCAGGUUGAGCUUCCUCCUCUGUCCUCAGAUGAGCACUUCGACUUCAACUACCAGGAGUUUCAGCCACUCGAUCCAGAACGCCAGCUUUUGCCCGGGGAUUCAUUAAUCACUGAGUGCAUCUAUAACACUAAAAGCAGGAAGAACAUGACAUGGGGUGGAUUAAGCACGAGGGAUGAGAUGUGCUUGUCGUACCUGCUGUACUACCCUCGGAUCAACCUGACCAGGUGCGAGAGCCUUCCCGAGAUCACCGGCCAGCUCAAAUUCAUCGGAGUCAAGAAAAUACAAAGGCCUCUUAGGACGUGGCCUUUUGUGAUUAAAAGUCCAAAAAAAUACAGCAAUCUAUCGUUCACCGAAGCCAUGGACAAGUUCCGGUGGACGAAGAAGAGAGGAAAGGACUUUAACGAGGUUGUGCUGAAGCUCCCACUGAACGUACGCUGCUCCAAAGUGGGUUACAAUGAGUGGCUGGAUCAUGGUAUGAUCAUGUCUCCCCCGAAGCUCAGAUCGGUUCGCCCGCCUGUCAGAAGUGUGUGUGUGAACGCCUCGUUAUCUCAGAGUCAUCACACACUCUCUGUACUCGUCACCACACUUCUGUCCUUACUGUUCCUUCACUUCGCUCGCCACUGACUCCCAUCUUAUUAUCGAGCAGCGAACACAAAACUUCACGCGUUGAUCCGGAUCAGAACCGACAGCAGCAGGACGCCAUCGGGCCCGACAGCGCAGAUAUAUCUAUUAUAACAGAAACAGAACAAUGAUGUAUUACACACACUGUAAUCAAACAUCUUUCAUGGACAUUCUGACAUCUUUUUCUGUAUAUUUCAGAUUCCAUGUAUUCCAGUGUUUCUUUCAUUGUAAAGCAUUUUAAAUAUUAUAAAAGUCGAAUAUCUCAAUACACAAUAAUUAUAUGUGAUUACAAACAUGCUUGUGAAGUUCACUUGAAUGAUAACCAGCAUGAACCUCAACAUUUAAAGGAUCAGGAGAGAUUCUGUUUCUUUCUGUUCCAGCCAAAACCCCAGAUCACACAGAUCCAGCCCUGACAUAAACAAUGCA